AUCAAAAAUAAAUAGAAAUACAUAGUGAGAGAAACUAAUCCCUCUCUCUCUCUCUCUCUUCCAUAUCACCGUUAGACAGAGAAACCAAACCAUUUUGUCUCCUUAAUGUAGGGGAAGAGAGGGGCAAACCUUCGCCAUUUGGUCUCCCUUCUCUGUGUAUUUGUCGGCUCUGUCUCCGGCCACCAUUUCCCGGCCAAACUCGCCGGAACUCACUUACCCAAAAGCGAAAAUCCACCCAUUAGUUGACUUUUUUUUGGGUUGGGUCACUGAGGUUUACUUUCCCUUUCUCUUCCCUUUUGAGCUGAUCUAGCUAAGUUCAUCACCUGAAGCGAAUCUUUUUCGCUUUUUAAUCUCUACCCUUUUCAGUUCAAAAAGCUACUUAUGCUAUGAGCAUGUGAAAAAUUACUGGAUCGAACCUUACUUAUAGUUGUGCCGGAGUAAGCAAUGAAGAUGCCGGCGAACGGUGCUGGAGUGUCUUCCGCUGCCACCACUUCCUGCGUCACCACUUCAAAUCCUUCUGAAGGAGGAGAGAAGAAGAGCAUAAACCCAGAGCUAUGGCAAGCUUGUGCAGGGCCGCUGGUGAGCUUGCCGGCGGCGGGAACUCUUGUGGUCUAUUUCCCUCAAGGUCACAGCGAACAGGUUGCAGCAUCAAUGAAGAAAGAUGUUGAUGCCCAUAUCCCGAAUUAUCCUAGUCUUCCUUCAAAGUUAUUAUGUCUUCUUCAUAAUGUGACCUUGCAUGCGGACCCAGAAACAGAUGAAGUUUAUGCUCAGAUGACCCUCCAACCUGUUCCUUCUUAUGACAAAGAAGCAUUACUGAGAUCAGAUCUUUCACUGAAGUCAAAUAAACCGCAAACAGAGUUUUUCUGUAAAACAUUAACAGCAAGUGACACAAGCACUCAUGGAGGCUUUUCUGUGCCGCGUCGUGCAGCUGAAAAGAUUUUCCCUCCUCUUGAUUUCUCCAUGCAACCGCCUGCUCAAGAACUUGUAGCUAGGGAUUUGCAUGACAACGUUUGGACUUUCCGUCAUAUUUAUCGUGGACAACCAAAGCGUCACUUGCUUACAACAGGGUGGAGCUUGUUCGUUAGUGGAAAGAGGCUUUUUGCAGGUGACUCUGUUUUAUUUAUCAGAGAUGAAAAGCAGCAACUUCUCUUGGGCAUCAGGCGAGCAAAUAGACAACCUGCUAAUUUAUCAUCAUCAGUGUUGUCAAGUGAUAGCAUGCACAUUGGGAUAUUAGCUGCAGCAGCGCAUGCAGCAGCAAAUAAUAGCCCCUUUACGGUGUUUUAUAAUCCAAGGGCUAGUCCAUCAGAAUUUGUUAUUCCUUUGGCCAAGUAUUACAAGGCAGUGUGCAGCAACCAAGUAUCACUUGGGAUGCGCUUUCGGAUGAUGUUUGAAACUGAAGAGUCAGGAACAAGAAGGUAUAUGGGUACAAUUACAGGAAUUAGUGAUCUUGAUCCUCUACGGUGGAAGAAUUCACAAUGGCGUAAUUUGCAGGUCGGAUGGGAUGAGUCAACAGCUGGGGAAAGGCGCAAUAGAGUCUCACUCUGGGAGAUUGAACCAGUGACUGCUCCAUUUUUCAUAUGUCCCCCUCCAUUCUUUAGAUCUAAGCGUCCAAGGCAACCUGGAAUGCCAGAUGAUGACUCCUCUGAUUUAGAUAACUUAUUAAAGAAGUCAAUGCCUUGGAUUAGUGAUGAUUUCUAUAUGAAAGAUCCCCAAUCUGUCCCUGGCCUGAGCUUAGUCCAGUGUUUCAACAUGCAGCAAAACCCUUCCCUUGCUAAUUCAUUGCAGCCCAACUAUAUGCAAUCAUUCCCAGGAUCUGUUCUGCAGAACCUUACUGGGGCAGAUCUUUCGCGUCAGUUAGGACUGGCAGUACCACAGUUACCUCAGCCAAACAACUUACAGUUUAAUGCUCAACGGCUGCCCUUGCAAUCACAACCACUUGAUCAGCUUCCCAAGCUUCCAUCCUCACUGAAUCCACUAGGUUCCAUCAUGCAGUCACAGCAACAAUUAGGUGAUAUCAGUCAACAAUCAAAGCAAAAUUUGGUAACUCAGACAAUACCAUCAAGUCAAGUUCAAGCCCAAAUUCUACAGCCUCAAACUUUAGUUCAAAAUGCUAACAUUCUUCAGCAGCAGCCAUCUUUUCAAAGCCAUCAGCUUCCGAGAAACCUUCCUCAGACUCUGCAGCAGAAUCAACAGCAGCAUAUUGUAGGUCAGAACCAACAGCAAGGUGUAACACAAACCCAGAUGACUGAUCAAGUGAACCAACAAUUACAAAUGUCUGACAAUCAGAUUCAGCUUCAACUGUUGCAGAAGCUUCAGCAGCAACAGCAAUCGCUUCUUAUGCAGCAGUCUGUGCUGCAACAACCUAAUCAAUUUGUGCAGCUUCAGGAUCCACAAAAGCAGCUAUUAGAGGCAUCCCAGAGUUUUUCGAGGUCCAUGAGAACCAACCAAUUGUUAGAAAUGCCUCAAACAGCACCCACUUCACUCCCACAAUCAAAUAUUAUUCAACAGCAGAUGACAAAGAAUGGCAACCAGACUAAUGCUCAGUUCUCCCAUAUGCCACAGCAACUGAAGUUUCAACAACAGCAGCCUGGCAUAUUGCCUGAAUUGCCUGGACAAAUGGGACUUCCCCCUAGCUCAGGUAUCAAUCAUCUCCCUACAGUUGGUAGUGGCACAUUGACUGCUGCAGGAGCAGGGAUUUCUGGGAUUACUGAGGAGCUUCCAUCUUGUUCAACUUCACCUUCCACAAACAAUUGUGUGAAUGUGGUUCAUCGGGUACACCAAACCACAGCUAUGGGAGAUGACAUGGCUCAGUCUGCUGCAACACUCAUGAGUCCCAAUGCCUUGGAAACAAUGUCAUGUAGUGCUAACUUGGUUAAAGAUGUGCAACAGAAAUCUGAUGUUAAGCCCUCACUGAACAUUGCCAAGAAUCAAAAACAAGGAUUCUUUGCCCCUCAAACGUACCAAAAUGGUGCAAUGGCCCAGACAGAUUAUUUGGAUACAUCUUCUUCUACAACUUCAGUUUGUCUUUCUCAGAAUGAUGUUCAUUUGCAGCAGAAUAACAAUUCCUCUUCAUAUAAUCCACAUUCAAUGUUGUUGAGAGACAUAAGUCAAGAUGGGGAACUCCAGGCAGAUCCCAGGAAUAAUGUUCCAUAUGGAGCUAAUGUUGAUGACCAAUUGGGGGUUCCAAUGAACUCUGAGCAAGUGUUGACAAAAGGCAUCACAGGUCUGGGGAAGGAUCUCUCGAAUAAUCUCUCAUCAGGGGGCAUGCUUUCUAACUGUGAAAAUUCAAAAGAUCCUCAACAUGAACUUUCAUCUUCAAUGGUUUCCCAGUCAUUUGGAGUCCCAGAUAUGGCGUUUAACUCGAUUGAUUCCACAAUCAAUGAUAGCAGCUUCUUGAAUAGAGGUCCUUGGGCCCCUCCACCACAGUUUCAGCGGAUGCGUACAUAUACAAAGGUGUACAAACGUGGUGCUGUGGGAAGGUCUAUUGAUAUAACCCGCUAUUCCGGUUAUGCUGAGCUUAAGCAAGAUCUGGCUCGGAGAUUUGGUAUAGAGGGACAGUUAGAAGACGGACAGAGGAUAGGCUGGAAACUUGUUUAUGUGGAUCAUGAGAAUGAUGUUCUUUUAGUAGGGGAUGACCCAUGGGAAGAGUUUGUGAACUGUGUGCGUUGCAUUAAGAUCUUGUCCCCUCAAGAAGUACAGCAGAUGAGCUUGAAUGGAGAUUUUGGGAACCCUGUCCUUCCGAAUCAAGCAUGUAGCAGCUCUGACAAUGGCAAUGCAUGAAGUAAAACCAAAAUGCUAACAAAUUCUUCCACGUUGGGAACCUUAAUAUUAUUUGUGGAUUCUGUUCAUAGAUUUCUGUAUGGUGUUUUACUCUGCUUUAUCUGGGUUUUCAAUGGUUUUCCGAGCUUGCGGAAGUGGCAGGCAGAGCAAGAAAUUUCCAGCAAUCUGGUAAAAACUAAAGUUGUCCUAUGGCAGUUUUUUCUGUCCCAGCUCUAAAUUAUAAAACACAGAUCAAAAGCAGAAAGUCAGAGAUUUCAUCAUCAGACCAACCACAAACCAAAGAUGUAUGACUGGAUCAAGGUUCUUUAAGAUUUUUGUUCGGCUCAGUGAGGAAUCCAGUUUGUUUAUGCUUUUAAAAUAGUUGAGAUGUUUGAUGUUGUGAUGUUUGUUAGUCAACUGCUUUUCAACGUUUUUAGUAGCUGAGGAUUCUCCAUUUUGGAGGCAUUGUAGAAAGCAAAAGCAAGAAAUUAUAUGGCCUACUUUUGAGCGUAUAAAAAUGUGCAGAUUUCCUUCA